AUGAAUAAUGAUAAUAAUAAUAAUAAUCAAAACAACAACAAUAACCAAAACAACUUUCUCUCCUCAUUUUCACAUCCUUUUUUGGAUUUAGAACAAUUUUUAGAAAUUGGUACCUCAUUUUAAUUAAGUUAAUUUCUUAAUUUCUAUCCUAAUGGAGAAUAACAUUAAAGAUAACCUUUUAGAAUGAAUACAUUUACUUCAAGGUCUUUCAAUUAAGAUGAAGAAUUUUUACUCUAUUUUUAAAAUCAAAGUAGAAGAGAACCCUCAUCACCUAGGUUUUAAUUUCAAUUUAUUUAGAUAAAAGAAUUCUAACCUAGAUAAAUAUAUGUAAAAGCGAGCCUUUCCAAUUCAUAAUGAAGAAUUAAACAAAAAUGAACCAUAUAUUAAAGUUACUGUGUUAAGAAAUAUAAAUUAUCCAAACUCUAAUCAUUCAAAUGAAUACUUCAUAAAUUAACAAGGGUAAUUUUUACAAGGAAUUUUAGUCUUAUUGGCUCUCAUAAAAAUGCUGACUCUGAGGAUAUUCUUAUUGGAAGAUCACACAGAACAGAUGUUAUUCCUAAUGAUAUAAGUAAUAAUUAUUAAAAUAUUUUAAGUGCUUCCAGAAGAUAGAAUUAUAUCAAGAAUUCAUUGUAAAUUAGUUUGCAAACAUUAUUUUAGAAAAGAAUAAAAAAUAAAAUUCAUUUAUAAAUUCGCGAUCUAAAAUAUUAAAACUUCUUCUAAUACUCCUUUACCUAAAAGAGCUAUGAUACUUAUAUCACAAUUUUUAGAGUAUACUAUUUUCAUUUAUAUUUAGAUCCCCUAGACAUGCAUAUGUUUAAGAUUUAGGUAGUUUAUGUGGAACACAUUUAAAAAUUUUUAAAAAUGAACCUAGUAUCAUGAAGUUUGAUUAAAAAUAUAGUAUUGGAAGUGACACAAAUUUUAAUGUGUUAUUUUGUUAAACUUAUAAGGAAACAGGAAUUGAUAUUGAUGAUCUUUUUUUUAGACUAUUAAGAAAAAUCACUUCCUUAAAGCAAUUUAAACAUGAAAUUCAUUUUAGUGAAUAAUCGAUAUAAUAAAGAUUUUUUAAAAUAUUAACUUUUGAAGAGGAUAAUGAAGAAUUGAAAAUUAAACCUGAAGAUUUUAAAGAAAUCUAUUAAAAAUUAAAAGAAUAUAAAGCUUCUAUUAUUUCUAUUAAAUUUAAUGGAUCUGGUGUAGAAAGUGGAAAAAAUUUUAAUAUUUUUAUUCAAACUGAAAAUUAGGAUUCCUUGGAAUUUUAAAUAGGAAGAGGAUAAGAAAACCAUGUCAAAAUCAACUCAAAUACAAUAUCCAGAAAAUAGAGCAGAUUUAAAUACUCUAAAAGGUAUUAUUUACAAUUAUUUCAGCCUGAAAUCAUGGAUAAUUUUUGAUGGAUCUAAAGAUAGAGAUUCUGCAAAUGGAACUUGGGUGUCAUUAUCUACAUUAGAAUAAGCGGAUAAGAAAGCAGAAUCAGAUCUAGUGGUCCUAAAGAAUAAUGCUGAAAUUAAAAUUAGCGAAUUUAUUUUGAAGAUUGAAUUAUUUUAAGGAAAGUAAAAAAUUAUAUUUAUUUAUCAUUUUUAGGAAAUAAAGUAAAAUUAAUUAGCAAUUACUAAACGAACUAAAAAGCGAAUGA